CCACUUUAUUUGGACUGUACCUGUAUUACUUUGAACUGAGCAGUCAUGGACAUAACUGGUCUGACUGCCCAGCUCUGUUGAGGGCACUUUCCCCACAUAGUACUUGCUCUUGCUCUGUAGCUUCUGCCAUUCUAGUUGGCACCUGUGCCAUCCACAGAGCAUCGCUGCACACAGUCACCAGAAAUCCAUGCACCCACUCCAGUGCUGGCAGUUAGCCGAUUACGCUGGUUUGAGCAAGGCAGCAUUAUUGGUGUAAUUUACAUGUUUGAAGACUACCUUUUUUUUUUUUUUUUUUUUUUUUUUUCAGGCAGAGUGGACAGUGAGAGAGAGAGACAGAGAGAAAGGUCUUCCUUAUGCCGUUGGUUCACCCUCCAAUGGCCGCCGUGGCCAGUGCGCUGCGGCCGGCGCACCGCGCUGAUCCGAUGGCAGGAGCCAGGAGCCAGGUGCUUCUCCUGGUCUCCCAUGGGGUGCAGGGCCCAAGCACUUGGGCUAUCCUCCACUGCACUCCCGGGCCACAGCAGAGAGCUGGCCUGGAAGAGGGGCAACCGGGACAGAAUCCGGCGCCCCGACCAGGACUAGAACCUGGUGUGCUGGCGCCGCUAGGCGGAGGAUUAGCCUAGUGAGCCGCGGCGCCGGCCCGAAGACUACCUUUUAAUGCAAUUGCCUGUCUUUAUUCUGGGACAAUGUGUUAACAUCAGGGCUCACUGAAUUGCUUUCUCUUGUGGGGAUGUUUUAUCUCCUAAGUUGUAUAACAGUUGUCCUACAUUUUAGUUUACUGGAUAAAGUUAAAACACAGUAUUGUGGGAAGCUAACACAGUUCUCCUGCGCCUUCAGAUAGAAAAUGGAAAAUCUACAAGUAAAUCUUUUGAAACACCUGUGUAGUCUAUCUCAUAGUUAAAACAGCUGUUUCAGUAACCGCAGGAAUUUACUGCCAUAUCCGUCCUACCCUCUGUUGGAACAGUGGGUCUGGCCCACCUACAGCUUCUGUCCAUGAAGCAGAGUUAACACUGGGAUGCCCAAGUUCACCUUCAAAAAGUUCCUUGGCAAGCGUGGGGUGGGUGUGUGAUCCCAGCAUCCCCUCCAGUGACUCUUGGGUUAAAUACUGGGCUCUCAGGGUCUCGUCUUGCAUUCAUUAAAUGCUGCUUGGACUCUGCUUCAGCACCACCCUUUUUACCACUGUUUUCUCUGCUGUUUUAAAGCUAGAACGUGUCGGGUUCUGACUGAGAAUUGCAGGGGAAGUGUAGCUUCCUUUGCAGGGAGGUCAGUGAGCUUUAUUAACUCCCGUAUUCACACUCAAAACUGGAUCUGAGCCCACAUGUGGAGAAAAUCCCUAGGAAGGUCCCCUCUCGGAACUAAUUAUGGUUUGUUUUCAGCCUUACAAUUUUUUUUCUUUUUAAAGAUUUAUUUUAUUUAUUUGAAAGACAGAAUUAGAGAGAAAUCGAUCUUCCAUCCACUGGUUCACUCUCCAAAUGGUUGCAACAGCCAGAGCUGUGCUAAUCAGAAGCCAGGAGCUUCUUCUGAGACUCCCACACAGGUGCAGGGGCCCAAGGAUUUGGGCCAUCUUCUGCUUUCUCAGGCCAUAGCAGAGAGCUAGAUGGGAAGUGGAGCAGCCAGGACUUGACCCGACCCAGUGCCCAUAUGUGAUGCUGGUGCUGCAGGCCAGGGCUUUUAACCUGCUGUGACAGCACCGGUGCCCAUAUGGGAUGCUGGUGCUUCAGGCCAGGGUGUUAACCUGCUGUGCCACAGCGCUGGCCCCUGGAGACAUGUCUUUUCAACUUGGAUCCACCUCCUUGUUAAUGUACCUGGGAAAGCAGUGGAGGAUGGCCCAAGUGCUUGGGCCCUGCACUUAUCUGGGACAUCCAGAGGAGCCUCCUGACUCUGGCUUUGGCCUGGCCCAACCCUGGGUGCUGUGGCCAUUUGGGGAGUAACCCAGUGGAUGGAAGAUUUCUUCCUCUCUCUGUAACUUUCAAGUAAAUAAAUCAAUCUUAAAAAAAAAAAGAAAGAUGAAAGUCCACAGGCUAGGGACAAGUUCUUCCUAUCUUCACUGCAGCUUUAUGAAACAGGAAAGUCUCCACUCAGAGAAAACAUUAGCUGUGCCAAAACGAUGCGUGAGCUCUGCUUUCUACAAACCUUGUUGGGAGUGUGACCGUCCCACAGCUCAACAUUAGCUUUUCAGUGGUGACCCUGGAAGGACUUGAGCUCCAGGCUUCCUCGUUGGUGUAUGGACGUUCACACUUGGUGAGAAGCUUGCACGUGGAACUCUGCCAUUUGAUGAGUGUUGAAGUUUAACCGCAUGAUGCUCCUAUGAUCACAGCUCCUGGAUUAAUACAUUUCUCAAGAAGCUAACACACAGUGUGUUCUGGACGAUGAGGGCAAGUAGGUGCGUGGGGAUGGUCCUGGUACCAGAUGGCCCUCUGGAGCCUCGGGGGUGAUCAGCUGACCUCUAGUCGUACCUGGAAGUCACAUCCAUCACAUGGACCUGGGUUGGGAACUUAGGUAAAGGGGACCAGAGCCUGUUACUAUGACGACCCCUUCAGGCUCCAUCAGGCUAAACCAUUUAGUCACCUUUGUUGGAAUGAGGAAGGGAUUAUCCACUGUGUCUUGAAGGCUGCCAAGAGCAAAGGGUUGGUUGUGCUGCUUCCUGUUAGAAACCCAAAGGAUGCAGUUGACCUCUUCCCUUCGUCCUUUACAAACAAGACCUUUUGCCAAGAAUACCGCAGCCCACCAGCUGAACUGGACUAGCAGCACUCCCACUAAGAAAACAUCAGAGAAGCUGCAGCCCUUUGGCUGCCCCUGUACAAACUCAGUGUAUAAAACCGAGUUGGAAAGUUUCUGUGUUGGUGCUGGUACAAAGAAAACAAGGAACAGGAAGCUGCUCACCUACUGCCGCCUCCUGAGUCAGACAACUUUCCACUUCCAAUAGGAAAAAGAUGGCUUUUGGUUGUCCUGAUAACCAUACCGGGCAGAGACCAGGGAGGAAUCGGAGACUCCACCCAGUAUCACCAGGCUCAGCCACAGGCUCGGAAAUAACCCCCUCCAGGAGAAGCUAAAUUAUUCAUCUUGCUGUGUUGCAGCAGGCAUGACGGCUGUGGUUUCAGGUGACGGUGUCCUGCAAUGUCAGCUGGACAGUCCUGGGCGGGAGGCGGGGGUACAAGGGGUCUUCUGCAAGCCAGCAAGACCAGGAAGGCGGCCGGGGCCUGAUGCCAGGGAGGGCGCUGAGCCUGAUGCCAGGAGGGCCUGGCUUUUGGAAGCGCUUACACAUUUGCUCUUUGACUUGAGCCAGGUCUUCUGCACAGAGCAGCUUGAAAACGGGCCACAGUCACUGCAAACCCAGUGAGGGCUCAGACUCCAAGAGCCAAAGGUGGGGAUCUGCUCUCCUGACGGCCUUUGGCUGUGCAUGCAGAGGCCUGAGCAAAAGGCCUAUGGGACAACAGAGGACCUCCAGGGUCCAAGCUCCAACUACUCUUGGACGCUGUAAAUCGCAUUCUGUUUCUUACUCUAAAAGUAGAAAACGGUGCUGGCAUAGUGGCACACACAUUCCAAAUGAGCCUCUCAGUCCUUGCUGCUCCACUUCCUAUUCAGCUCCCUGCUAAUGCACCUGGGAAACCAGUGGAAAAUGGCCCAAGUGCUUGGGCCCCUGCAUCCACGUGGGAGACCUGGAUGGAGUGCCUGGCUUCCACUCGGCCCAAUCCCAGUCUCUGUGGCCAUUUGGGGAGUGAAGCAGUAGAUGGAAGCUCUCUCUUUGUAACUCUCCCUUUCAGAUAAAUAAUCUUUAAAAAUAAAAAAAAAAAGUCAUUUGGUAAAUAAAGAAAUAAGAGUCACAGUCUACCGCCUGAGAUUUUUUUUGUUGUUUUAAAAUAAUUGAAAGAUCGUCCAUCUGCUGGUUCAUUCCCCAGAACACAACACCCAGGAGCCAGGAAUUCCAUCAGGGUCUCCCAUGUGGAUGGCAGUGGCCCAGUCACUUGGGCCAUCUUCAGCUGUUUUCCCAGGCACGUUAGCAGGGAGCUGGAUCAGAAGAGGAGCAAUUGGGAUGGGAACCAAGAUACCAGCAUAGGAAGUGAUGGUUUAACCUGUGCCACAACACCAGCCCCCACUACCUGAGUUGUUGAAAACAGCUGAUUUAAGGGGAAUAGGUAGUAAGCUGGGGCCCAAAAUUCUCAGCCAGAAUGAUGCAGAAUGCAGUCAGUCCAGGAAAAAGUUUUGGGACCAGCUGCCUGCCAUGUAACCUGUCCCCUGAGUAAAGGCCAUGCUUAAAGUGAAAGGAACAUGCUAGGGCCAAUGUGGCACAGAGGUUAAGCCCUCACCUGCAACACUGGCAAUCCUUAUGGCCACCAGUUUGGGUUCAGGCUGCUCCACUUCCGAUCCAGCUCCCUGCUAAUGAGCCUAGGAAAGCAGCUCGAAGAGAACCGAGUACUUGGGUCCCUGCCACCCCCAUGGGAGAGCCAGCUGCAGUGCCAGGCUCCUGGUUUUGGCCUAGCACAGCUCCAGCUGUCGCCUUUUGGGGAGUGAACCAGAGGAUGGAAGACCUCUUUAACUCUGCAAUACUUGGCUACAUGCUGUGCAAGCCACUGACCCCUAGAUCUGGCGGUCUGGGGGUUCCACGGCAGCUAGUGUUGGGGUAACGGAAACGACAGUGGUCUCCUGGCUGGUGCUUCAUUGUUCAGCGCCUGCUGCUCCUCAGCCACCCACAUCAGUUGCUAAUGAGUAAGAAGUCACAUGGGUGAAGCCCCCCUCGGGCAGCUUUAGGAAUGGCACAUGAGUGCAGGAAUGGUGGGCUCCCAUUUUUAAUUUCAUGAAAUCUAGCUUAGCUAAAGAAUUUAUAUUUUCCCAGUGUGGUCUUAAAGGAAAAACUGGGCAGCACUGAGCCAGUGCCAUCUACUUCCAUGGGCGUCUGGUGUUCCCGAGGCCCGUACAGACUGAAGUGGGAGUGAUGGCCACUGUGCAGGUGCAGACACCAAGGUGAUGUGACUCAACAGCAGACUCCACCAGUUCCAACCUACAGGUGUCCUAAUGGGGACAACUCAACAGUGCUACUCUGAGAAAAUCUCUAAGACAAGGGAAAUGCAGCCUACGAGGAUGACGUUUGGGGGCAACGUCCAGAGCCAAGCAGGGCUUCAGUCGCGAGGCCCACAGCUCAGGUUUGACCUAUGCCAGGUGAUCGUUCAUUAAGCUGGAGGAGGACCAAGACCUGCCACAGGCCCAGAACAGCAGCAGCCUCCCAGGCAAGCAAGGCUGGAGGGCCACCUUCCUGUAUGUUUGUGGUUCACCAGACUCCUGGGCUGGGACCCGCCUGAGUUACAUUCUAAAGGGUCAUCCCAGACAGAAAGCACUGUCAAGGCAAAAAGCCCCAGCCACAUGGCCAAGUGCAGUUUAGGUAAAAAUCAGCUCAAAUCUAGUGGGAGCGAAACAGUCUCAAUUUUUAUUUUCUGUCCCUGAUUUCUAAGGGAGUGAGUGUUGAGAGUGUACUCCGUCUCCUCAGUCAGCCUUUAGUGUGUCCAUCAGGGACAGAAGCCCAUGCAAAGGGCCCAGCCCUGGCCCCUGGUGCUGUGAGAAAACCUUCCAAACCCAGGGGAGAAGGGCAGCCAGUGAAGCCCCAUCUAGCUCGGGACUCCCGACUUUAGAAGGGGUACAGCGAGUUUUGGGGAAGAAACAGUCUUGCCUGGCUUGCUUCUCUCAUAACAUUCAAACAUGAUGAGGGCAGAGGUUGUUCUUUUACCAUGAACUCAACACUGAAUGAAGGGGCUGGUGCUGUAGCCUAGCAGGUAAGGCCACUGCCUACAGUGCCAGCAUCUCAUGGGCACCGGUUCAAGCCCUGGCUGCUCCACCUCCGACUGAGCUCUCUGCUAUGGCUGGAGAAGCAAUGGAAGAUGGCCCAAGUCCUUGGGCCCCUGCACCCAUGUGGGAGACCUGGAAGAGGCUCCUGGCUCCCGAUCAGUGCAGAUCUGGCUGUUAUCACCAUCAGGGGAAUGAGCCAGUGGAAGGAAGACCUCUCUGUCUCUUGCUGCCUCUGCCUCUCUGUAACUCUGCCUUUCAAAUAAAUAAAUCUUAAAAAAAAAAAAAAAAAAGGCUGAAUGAAGCAAUUUCCAGGAGACUAAAAGCUUCGUUAGGUUCUAAAACCAUUGCAUCGCAAGAGCUGUUCACUCUGUAUUUCCCCAGUCAGAAGGGUCCCUGAACUGUGUGCUCAAGAAUGAGAGGCUGGCGCCGCGGCUCACUAGGCUAAUCCUCCACCUGCAGCGCCGGCACCCUGGGUUCUAGUCCCGGUUGGGAUGCUGGAUUCUGUCCCGGUUGCUCCUCUUCCAGUCCAGCUCUCUGCUGUGGCCCGGGAGGGCAGUAGAAGAUGGCCCAAGUCCUUGGGCCCUGCACCCACAUGGGAGACCAGGAGGAAGCACCUGGCUCCUGGCUUUGGAUAGGCGCAGCACACUGGCCGUAGCAGCCAUUUGGGGGGUGAACCAACAGAAGGAAGACCUUUUUCUCUGUCUCUCUCACUGUCUAACUCUGCCUGUCAAAAAAAAAAAAAAAAAAAAGAAUGAGAGCCUGACUAGAAGUGCCAAGGCACAGGGACGCCUAAGGUUGAGUCUGGCAGACCUGGAGAGGGAAGGUAGCACCUAGCACCCUGAUGUGCAGGGUAAGGCACUGUCUUCUCAGAUGGGCCAGCAGUGCUUCACUAGGUACUGCAGGGCCUCUGGGGUUGGGCAGUGGUCAUUAGGAUUCCUCCCUGGGCCCUCAGUGGUUCAAGUGGGACCUGGGGAAAUUCAGGGUAACCCUUACCUCUGAGAGGGGGAAGAACCAAUCAAGCAGGCCACAGACUAGUUUCAGAAAGCAAUUUUCUGGGUGUAGCGUGCUAACAGAAGAAUGUAUCAUUAUUUAUUUGUAACCAAAGCAAGAGAGAGAAGGGGAGAGAGUGGUUCUACCUGCUGAUUCACUCCCCAAGUGGCCACAACAGCCAGGUCGAAGCCAAGAGCCAAGAAGUCCACCCUGGUCUCCCUUGUGGGUGGCAGCAGCCAUCUUGGGCCGCCUUCCACUGCCUUCUCAGGCACAUAUGCCACUAUGCCACAACACUCUACCCAUUUUUUUCAAGAUUUAUUGAUUUAUUUUCUGAAGGAGUGACAGAUAUGGAGAGACAGACAGAUCUGCAAUCUACUGGUUCGCUCCCCAUAGGGCUGCAACAGCCAGGGCUGGGCCAAGCUGAAGCCAGGAAUUCCAUUCGGGUCUCCUAUGGAGGUGGCACAGACUCUAGGACUCAACCCAGCACCAUCUAUUUCCCAAGCAUGUGAGCAGGGAGGUGCAUCAGAAGCAGAGUAACAAGGACUUGAACUGCCACUCUUCUGGGAUGCAGACACUCCAAGUGGCUCAAUCUGUGGUACCGAAACGCCUGCCCCCUUAGUCACUGGUUCCAGUUACUCUUGACCAUGGUCCUCCCUGUGCCCUCACUGAUCAGGAUCCUGCGGCUUGCAUGCAGUGCGGGUCCCUGAUGGAGGGCAUCUCACCUACCGGACAAGGAGUGCUACAGUGCAGACUCUUAGCUUGCUUUGCUACUUUCUAUUCCAGAAAUAUACAGAAGGUGAAAUUCUAAAAUACUAGUUAAUGUCAUAGGUAAGAGAGCAACAGAGGUUGCAAAAGACAAGACGUAAAACAAGCACUUUAAGCUUAGGAAACAACGGGAGAAAAAAAAAAUCAGAAAAGUUAAUCAGACAACUGUGACUAAGGACAUUUCAAACAGGAGCUUGGCGAAGUCAUACUAUCAUUUUUUUUGUGCUUUUCUAAAUAAAGUUUUAUAUAUUUAUUUGCAAGGCAGAGUUAUUACAGAGAGGCAGAGGCAGAGAGAGAGAGAGAGGUCUUCCAUUCGCUGGUUCAUUCCCCAGAUGGCCAAAAUGGCUGGAGAUGCACUGAUCUGAAGCCAGGAGCUUCUUCUGGGUCUCCCAUGUGGGUGCAGGGGCCCAAGGACUUGGGCCAUCCUCUACUGCUUUCCCAGGCCAUAGCAGGGAGCUGGAUGGGAAGUGGAACAGCUGAGACUCAAACCGACACCCAUAUGGGAUGCAGCAUGGUAGGCCGCAUCUGUACCCACAGCUGUACCCACUACACCACAGCGCCGGCCCCUAGUGUGCUUUCAAUCCCGCUGAGUGCCCAGCCUGGCCGCGUCUCCCACAUGACGUUGUCUCUCCCUGACCCAUCUCAGCCACAUUCGAUGCCAAGAGCUGCGGGACCUGGGCGGGUGCCGCCCCUGACAGAGAGCGAUCCCGGGUGUUCCUGCUGCCCCAACUGCUCUUUAAGGAAACAUCAGGUGGCUUGGCUAAGCUCACCCGGAAGUCCCACGCUGCUGCCCUUCUAUGCGAAGGACGUGUUUCAGUCCUUCAGGCUGAAACAAGCACGAUUUCUCCCUCGAGAGGCAGCGGUCGGCGUCUCAGGAGACAGUGGAUUCAGCACCGAGAGGCAGACUCCCCGUGAGAAGAGAACUGAUUGCAGGCCUCGUGGCCGGAGACAUGGUGUUGGGCCAGAAAGGGGCGGGGAAGGGAAGGCUGGCACCUUGGGGGCCACCGGGAGGUCAAGUUCCCUUUCCUGAGCCCUGCCUGGGACCCUGAGCCCUGGAGGCCCCUGUCUCGAUCUGAGGGUCCGAGGGUCGCAGGGCCUGGUCCCUUCCUCAUAGACUAGUCCCAAAGCUCACUGCCCCUCCAUCCAGUGUCUGGGCUGGUCCUCUGCUCAGCAGCCGCCUACAGGGCACAGGCACACGAGGGUCGAGGUCUGAGGCCUCUGGCACAGCAGGGAGGUCCCAGUCCACAGAGCUGUCAGUGUCCUAUCCAACAUCUCCUGCGUCGUUAAGGGAGAACACGACCCCAUUCCCCUGAGGGCCAUGCACCUGACCUCAUGGGGUAUGGGAUCCACCGUCUCUGCAGUCUAACAGCUGCAGGUGGAGCCGGGCAGGACGUCCACGCUGCUGUGUGCCCGGCCUGCCCAAGGUGAGGCCCAAAUGCAACAGAGGACACAGGCAGGACGAGGACCUGGUUUUAGUUCAGGAUGCCCCUGGCAGCACCCAGGUCUUCCAAGUUCCCAGGGAACGGAAAGAAAGGCUUGAGACCUACUGGAGAGGACAGGACCCUCUGCCCCACCUGGGGACACUGGAGGAUGGGACCUCCCCCACCCCGGUCUUCCUCACUUCCACAUUUCUGGGGCAGGUAGACUGUGUUUAGUGAAGGAGCUUUCUUCCAGAUCUGAGGUUACAUGGAUGCUCCAUGCACAGAACUGGGCUGCGUGGGCUCCAGCAGGUGCUCACGUCACACAUGCAGUGCCUCUGGAAAGUUCCAUGGGGAAGUGACUCAGAGAGUUAUCAAGGUCACCCCAAUGAGUGUUACCUGGGUCCCACCAUCAGACGUCCCGUGGGAACCCCAGGUCCUGCCGGCGAGUGUGCAUCUUCCCCAGGGUCCACUGCACAAUGACAAUGGCCCAGGGACCAGGCCCUGUCAGGGGUCACAGAGGUGGCCUGGGCGAGGCCCCCAGGAGGCUCAGGUUGCUGACUGCACUGCUGAGCUCCUGACUGGGCCCUAUGCAAUGUCUGCGGCCUCUCCAUGCUGGCAUUUCAGCUUUGAGAGCUAUGGAAGGAGCAGUCCCUCUGGGAGGCUUGGCCUGGCUCCCAGCCUUAGGCUUGUCUCCAGCCUGGAAUCAGGAGGGCAAUGGGUAACAACAACAGCAUAGCAGAGGGCUGGUGGGCUGGUGGGCUGGCGGGCAGGGGGCUUGUGAAUUAGGACAGGGCCCAGGGUCCUGGUGACCUGGAUUCCCACGGGAGGCAUGAGGCUGUGGUUGGGGAAGGGUCUCGUGGCAUCCACCAUCCCAGGCUUUCCUGUGCAGGGACCAAAGUGGUCAUGGGCAGGGAUGUCUCAGGGCCUCCCGGUCAGCUGAGAUUGUCCUUGACCCUGAUAGCAGGGCUGGGCCAGGCUGGCAGGCCUGUUGCCCUGUGUGGCCCCAGUGUGGUUUAGCUUGAUGCCCAUCAGUGAGGACACCCAGCACUGCUGGCCUUCAAAUCCCUGCCAGGCUCCAUCUGUUUCGGGGUGGGACUCGGCUCCUGCUGUGACAGCUGGGACCUUCCCCGCCUGCACUUGGAGCCGUCGUGUUUGGUGUUUGCCGCAGACACUGGGCCACCUCUGGGGCUCUGCCAGUGCUCUUUCCUCCCUGGGCUGCCCACAGGCCAGCUUCACCAAGGCAGAAGCCGCGAGCUCCAUCUGGGUCUGGCAGGUGGGUGUCAGGGACCCAGGCCCUGGACCCAGUCAGGCAAGGCAAAGACGAGGACAUCCAUUACAAUGCCAGCUCCCAUGUGGGAAUCUCACAGAGUGGGAUUUCUUAAAGUCUCUGGCGGGGCAGCGUUGUGACACAGCUGUCAGUGCCACCGCCUGGGACACCGCAUCCCACACAGGUGCAGCUUUAGGCCUGGCUGCUCCACUUCUGAUCCUGCUCCCUGCUCACGUGCUGGGAACGCAGCAGAAGAUGGCCCAAGUGUUAGUGCCGCUGAGGAGUCCUCGGCCACGCUCGCAGCCCUGGGACACAGGACUGCAGGGCAGAGGGACAGGGACACAGCACAGCCAGACCUGCUGUCCUCAGGGAUCCUUACCACAGCCCAGUGGGGGCCAGGCACCCUGAUCAGAGCACGUGUGUGUGUGUGCGUGUCUGCGUACACCGUGCAUCAUGUCUGUGCCUGUGUGCGUGUGCAUGUGUGUGUGCGUGUGCAUCACGUGUGUCUGUGUCUGUGUGCCUGUGCGUAUCACUCAUCAUGUCUGUGCCUGUGUGCAUGUGUGCAUGUGCAUUAUGUGUAUCUGUGUAUGUGUGUCUGUGUGUGUGUGUGUGUGGGUAUCGCUCAUCAUGUUCGUGCCUGUGCGUGCGUGCAUCAUGUGUGUCCAUGUGUGUGAAUGUGUAUCAUUCAUUAUGUCUGUGCAUGCGUGUGUGCAUCAUGUGUAUGUGCGUGUGCAUCAUGUGUGCGUAUCACUCAUCAUGUCUGUGCCUGUGUGCAUGUGUGCGUGUGCAUCAUGUGUAUCUGUGUGUGUGUGUCUGUGGGUAUCGCUCAUCAUGUUCGUGCCUGUGCGUGCAUACAUGUGUAUGUGUGUGCAUGUGCAUCAUGUGUGUUUGUGGGUAUUGCAUUUUUUUUUAAGAUGUAUUCUAUUUGUGUGAGAGUGAAGAGGGGAAAGAGAGUGCAAGUGAGUGAGAGUGAGAGAGAGAGAGAGAGGGAGAGAAGGAGGAAGCUCCUCCAAGCUCUGAUACACCCCAUAAAUGACCUCCAGGACUAGGCCAGGCUGAAGCCAGGAGCCAGGAAUUUUGGUUGUUGUUGUGACAGGAGCCCAAAACCCCAAGUGCCAGGCAGAGCCUUGAUUCCUCCCUACCAGGCGGAGGACAGUCUCGGAGGAUGUAGCAUGGACCCCACUACCUUCUGGGCUUCCAGGGUUUCUGCCGAGAAAUCUGACCAUGACUUAGGGGGAAAGGGUGACAAAGCCACCUUCCUCUCAGCUCUGGAGAUGCGGACAGUGUACCUGGCGGUGUCUUGGGCAACAGAACACGUGUUGAGUUUACCGAGGCCAGAGAAUUUGUUCCAUCAUCACUCAGAGACCCAUCACUCAGAGGGUAAAGGCAAAGGAGGGGAUAUACCAAGUGGAGACACUAGGAGGUCUUCGAAAGAUACAACUUAUCAUCAUAUUUAAACUAGAGAUUGGCUGGCGCCGCAGCUCACUAGGCUAAUCCUCCGCCUUGUGGCGCCGGCACACGGGGUUCUAGUCCCGGUCGGGGCGCCGGAUUCUGUCCCGGUUGCCCCUCUUCCAGGCCAGCUCUCUGCUGUGGCCAGGGAGUGCAGUGGAGGAUGGCCCAGGUGCUUGGGCCCUGCACUGCAUGGGAGACCAGGAGAAGCACCUGGCUCCUGGCUUUGGAUCAGCGCGCUGCGCCGGCCGCAGCGGCCAUUGGAGGGUGAACCAAUGGCAAAGGAAGACCUUUCUCUCUCUCUCUCUCACUGUCCACUCUGCCUGUCAAAAAAAAACAAAAAACAAAAAAAAAACAAAAAAAAACACCACUAGAAAUUGAAGGCCACCGAGCAAUCUACAGGCUGGAGUUUCUCAAAAGUUAAGUAUCAAUCCCUAUCACCAACCUAGGCCAAAAUCUCUUUGGGUACCGUUUUUAUUCAAUUGGAAGAUUCUGGAGAAAGCCACUCUGGAUGAACUACAGCUCCCAUUGGUCAAUUUCUUGCUCUGACUUCAUAAUGCCUCACUGUUAUUAAAGUUGUAUUAUUACAGAGUCCCUGGCUGGCCUGGGAUUGGUCCAUUUCUCACUCUAACUUCAUAAGGCGCCACUAUGUGAGGUGAGCGCCCAAAAAGUAUAUAUAGCGGCUGCCGGGGCCUGGGUUUUCGGCUGCCUUACCCAGAGAGCACUCUUAUGUGAUCUGUGUAACUAGGACCCAUCUAACCAGCCUUUGCGCUCGUUGGUGUUGCUUGUGCUUUUUCUUGGUUGUUGGUUUCUGGGUGUGUUUGGUUUUUGCUUUUUCCCGUUUUGUUUAGUUUGUUGUUUUCCUCCUCGUUGUUGUUUUGCCCAUUUGGCCUUUGUUUGCAGUUUUCUUUAUUUUUGCUUCCCCUACUCUAGUCAGCUAGCACGCUCAGAAGUAUCAGCAUUCGAGGAUUUAGUGGCUUUUCCUCUUUGUUGUUUUCUGCUUUAUUGAGAUAGUCUUGCGGCUUCGCCUCUAGCGUAGUGAGAGUAGCUGGUGCUGUGUCUUAGUCAGCUGGGCAGUCAGGCCCCCGUGGUCCCUUUGUGUUGUAGGCAGUGCAGUGAGGGUCGGUGAUUAGCUAGCGUGUGUCGAGCGAGUUAGGGAGUCGAGAGAGCGUAGUUAGGUGACCGGAGGCAUGGAAGGCCCCUUGGACGUCCAUCCUCCUCUGGACGGGUACCGCUUCAUGUAUGCGAUCGGCCGGGGCGGCUUCGGCCUGGUGAAGCUGGCAUGGCACCUGGCGUCAGGCAAGUACGUGGCAGUGAAGAUCCUCCUGCAAGACGCCUCUCCCAGCAGCUCGCUGUCCGCGCAGGGGGAAGUGGUCAUCCUGAGGAGCCUGCGGCACGACAACAUCGUGCGGCUGCUGGAGGAGCGGCACACGGAGACGCACCUGUUCCUGGUCAUGGAGCUGGCGGCCAGGGGCUCGCUCUAUCACUACGUGCAGGAGCAGGGCGGCCUGGCCGAGGACGAGGCCAGGGCCCUGUUCAGCCAGGCGCUGGCUGCUGUGAGCUACUGCCAUGGUCAGCGCGUGGCACACCGGGACCUCAAGCUGGACAACCUGCUGCUGGACGAGCACAUGAACAUCAAGCUGGCGGACUUCAGGCUGAGCCUGCGGCUGGAGCAGGGCACGCUGGUAAGGGACGCCUGCGGGACCCCCGAGUACUGCGCACCAGAGGUUUUCCUCGGGGAGGCCUACGACGCAUUAAAGGCCGACGUGUGGAGUCUGGGGGUGGUGCUGUUUGCCAUGCUGGAGGCCACGCUGCCCUUCGGCGGCAAAGACUCGGAAGAGCUGCAGGACCGGGUGCUGUGCGGCACCUACGUGGUGCCACGUGGCAUCAGCCCAGCCCUGCAGGAGCUGCUGGCGUGGCUGCUCACCAUCGAUGCCUCGGGGAGGCCCAGUGCGGAGGACGCCAGGACCCACUCGUGGUUCAGCCCUGGCCGAGAAGCAGCCCAGGAGCACGAGGAGGGUGCGGUCACCCUGCUGCAGCCCCUGGGCAUUCCCCGGGACCUGGAGGCCAGGGAGUACCUGGUGGGCCUCGGCCUGCUGCCAGGCACGGGGACCGAGGGGACGCCAGGCCCUCAGUCCCAGGACUCCACGUCCCUGCCCAAGUCCUCGCAGAACAGCAAGUGCCCCCCCCAUAGAGGACGACGGCUUGGCUCUGGUGUCAGUGUCCUGUGACAGCAUGGCCGUCAACGUUUCCUCCGCACAAAGCGACUCCUCCGAGGCCCCCAGCCAGCCACAGCAGGAGAGGAGCCCUGCUCCCAGCGCCACCCCCGACUCUUCGAGCCCUCCAGCCAGCCACAGCAGGAGAGGAGCCCUGCUCCCAGUGCUGCCCCUGACUCCCCCAAAGUCUCCAGACAGCCACAGCAGGAGAGGAGCCCUGCUCCCAGCGCCGCCCCCGACUCCCCCAAAGUCUCCAGCCAGCCACAGCAGGAGAGGAG